AGGGCUAGAGCCCUCAGGGUCACGGUCGUGCGCAGGGUCACGGUCGGGGCGGGGGGAGAGGGAGAGCCUUGAGCUCCGGGCAUUUGUGAAAUGGCCUGUGGUGCUGCGCUCACAUCCGCCCCAGCAGCGAGGGACGACUCUGCACAAAAUGUCUGAGAGAUAAGGGGCCUCCGACACCAUCUGGUCCGAUCCACACCUGGAUGAGAAUGGAAUUUUCUUUAGGACGUAUUCAACAAGUGGUCAUCAAGCCUUUUCUUGAAGAUUUCUAGUGAAAAAAGAAUCCACUACCUCCAGAAGCAGCGCAUUUAAUUUCUGGAUUCCUCUACUCCUUUAGGAGAUCUGCCUCUUUGUAGCUUCUUUCUCCUCAGACCUCCCACUCCCACUCCCUGUUUUAGUCUUUGGAGCCAAAGAGAACAAACCGAAGUCCCCUUCCUCCUGACAGCUCUUCAUGCCCCAUCUCCCCUCGGAGUCUUCUCUCCUCUAGGCUAAAUAUCACCAGUGCCUUCAGAUGAUCCUGAGCUAUGGAGCUAAAAUCCGUGCACCCCAUGCUCUGGUCAUGACAUUUCUCUUCAGAAGUGGAAGCCUAAAGGAGAAGCUCAAGGCAAUUGUUCAGGCCACCUACACGCAUUCCCGAAACCUGGCUUACUUUGUUUUUACCUACAAGGGCUUGUGUGCCUUGCAGUCCCGGGUCCAGGGACAGACCUUCCAGUUUCAUUCCUUCCUGGCAGCCUGUAUCGGUGGCUGGUUGGUUUUUGGAGAAAAUAAUAACAUCAACAGUCAGAUUAACAUGUACCUGCUGUCUCGAACCCUUUUUGGACUGGCCCGGCUAGCAGUUGAGAAAGGCUUCAUCCCAGAGCCAAAACAGGAUCCCUUUCCUUUGUUUUCUGCUAUCGUCUGGGGACUCGUCCUCUGGCUCUUUCAGUACCACAGACACACCCUUCAGCCAUCUCUGCAGUCCUCCAUGACAUACCUUUAUGAUGACAGCAAUGUGUGGCAUGACAUUUCUGAUUUCCUUAUUUGUAAUAAAAGCAGCUCUGGGAAAUAAUCCAUAGGCUUCAGGAAACUUGGAUAGUGGUAUGCUCUGGCAUGGCCAGGGUGAAAGUAGAUGACUUUUUUGUUGUUGUUCUAUCGUAAACCUAAAGGCUUUCAGAUCGGCUUUUACCAUCCUCUGAAUUAAUUUCUUGAUAAUUUUUUUAAACAAAUACUAUGCAACCUAUUGCCAUUUUUUCUAUUAGGUUUUUUUUUGGUCAACAGAAAUGUCCUGUGGAGACUAGAGAUGAUUUAUUUCAUUCUCUAGGGUUCAUUCAUGUUUAAUUUCAUUGGUAACAGGGGUCCUGAACCAUUUUACGAAGUUAAAAACUGUUUUUUUAGAAAAUUAAGGUACUUACUAUGUAAUGACAGGGAGCUAUUUAGACCACCAGUGGAAUACAAAUCUUUUUCAUUAAAAAAAAAAGUCACAACUCUAUUCAAAGGUAAUUAUGUAUGGAGGACACUUCUUUCCAUUACUUCAAAUGAUUUUACUGUAAAAGCACAGAUUUGGAAGGGGCCUUAGAAAUCAUCUAGUCCAAUCUCCCAUCGGAAUUCCUUCCACAGCCUCCCUGAGAAGUGGUCUAGCCUCCAACAUGAUUUUCCAAACAACUCCCCUGUGCAGUUUUUUCCUGUUUUAGAAGAAAGUAGUACUUCUCUAAGUAAGUCACUCACUGGUUUCUUUAGGAGUGAUUGUGUGUUUCUUUUGACUCAGACUGUGAAAACCCAUGUGUUUGUUAGUGAUGUUAUUUUUUUAGAGGCCAGUCAGUAAAAAUUGAGUUAGAAUUUCUUUCAUCCUAUCUUUCCUCCCUCCACUCCUAUGAAGUAUGUUUACAGGUUUAUGAGAGUCAGGUUUUCCAUCUGACUCUGUCCUUGAAUGGGGGGGAAUCAUCUUUUAGGGAACCAAAAGGAGUUUAAACUUAGACUUUGAAAUAAGAAUCUAUGUGUAUAAUUAUUUUCGCAAACCUGGUUUGCUUUGCACAAAGAAUAAAACAGAUGUACCUACAAACAAAUCAGAGAGUGCUAGACUGGGGCCAUUUGUGCACGUGAGGAGCUGAUGGGGACCUGGUCAUAAUUUUGCCUUCUCCAGGUAGUGGCAAGUCAGGAUUAGGAAAAACAAAACAAACAAAACAUCAACACAUUAAUGAGAAACCAAAGGGCAACAUCAAGAAGAGAACAGAAUGAAGCACAUAUUCAGCCAUCCAAGUCUUACCUCCUGCCAGUUUUCGCCGUGCGGGCCAUAGAGACUGUGUGCCCUACUGCAUUCAUGAUUCCUGAUUCUAAUAGCGCAGGUCAAUUACAGUAUCCAUCACCUUCCCUCUUACUAGGAGGCCAGUUUUCCUGGAUUAGACCUCUUCUGCAGCAGUAGUCUGUGGUUGUACUGAGUCCUGUCGGGGCUUACAUCCUUUCCAGCCUCAGACUAGAAUGCUAAAGAGAAUUUUCUCUUGUUUCUAGGCUUUUUUAGACAGCUUUCAUAAGACUCUUUCCAUUAAAUGACUUUUAAACUGCAACAUUUUUACCCAGACUUACCUUUUAUCUUCCCCCUAGCCCCCUUUUUUCCUUUAAGCUUCUGUUACUUUGGGUCUGACUUUUUGGGCCUUGGGAAGGGUCAUGAAGGGCCUCCACUAGACUUGAGUUGAGUUUUUAGACCUGUUCCUAGUCCUGUGACUUUGAGAAGUCACUUCCUUUUUCUUAAUUUCUCUUCCCUCAUUUGGCAAAUGGGAUUAAUGUGUUCUUCCAGGGCUGUUGUUGAGCUCACCUGAGACAAUGUAUGUGGAAAUACUCUGUCAGUUGUAAUGUUAUUUUAAUGUAAAGAGUCAUUGUUAUUGUUGUUAUUUUUGUUGGGACCUGUAGUUUAUCAGUGUAGGAACUCCUGUUGUGGAAACUCCUUCCACCCAUGCAGAUCGGGAACUAAUUUGUGAUCUGUAAUUUCAGGGUACUGAGAAAUUAAGUGGUCCUAUAAACAGUUUUUGUCAGGUAGGUUUUCCUGACUCCAAAACCAGCUUUCUAUCAUGCCAUGCUGCCUCCCAUCAUUAUUUUAAUGGUUCUAGUUUUUAUUGUUGUUAAUCAUCAAAUUUGCAGAUACAAAUUUAAAACUGACUUUGUGCCAGGCACUGUACCAUCUGUGGUGCCUGUCUCUCUAAUCAGAUGAUGCUCAGAGAUCCUACAUAAUUGACUGUUGGGUACUUAAAAGAGUUAAAAGAAAAAUCAGUCACGGUUGAUGCCCUUUUGGGUGAAAGAAAAGUCUAUUUGGGGCUUCUCCAAUGGGAAUCUCUUCAAUUUGAGAUUGGUUUGAAAUAGAUGACUCCCCAUUGGGGAAGUAUUCCCAAAUGGGCUUUCAUUGGGAAGGCUCUUCUGCUAUGUAUAAAUGUUGCAAUUUUGAUGUUUUUUCUCUGCCCCUCUCCCCCAUCUCUCAUGGAUGUUUUGAAGUCUAGAAAGAACCAGGAUUUAGGUUGACUCCUUCCUAGAAUGUAAAAUCAUCCAAUGACUAAUCUGAAAAUCACCAUCGGCUCAUAGUUUUUCAUGUAUUUUGUUCUCUUUGGCAAAUUUUACUUAGUUUUUGUAAAAAAUAAAAAUUCCUUUUGACCUCCA